AUGGAAUACGAUUACAUCGGAGCUAUCAAAAUAAAAGAUGGAUUAUUUUUAGGAGAUUAAUUUGCCUCUUAGGUAUAGAAUUGAAUGAACAUUUUAGGAUUUAGAAUUCAUUGUAACUAAUAAGGUUUCCAGAAUAGUUAAUUGUGCUUAAAAACAAAUUCCAAAUCAUUGGGAAUCAAUAGGUAUAGUUUAUAUGUCUUUGCCAUGGAUUGAUAACGAUACUCAAGUAAUAUUUGAUAUAAUAAGGUUAUAUUUUAACAAGAGGAACUGAUAAAUUAAGUAAUAAAAUUUAUUGAUGAUGCAUUGAAUAAUGGAGAAAGUGUUAUUGUACAUUCAAUAAGAGGACACAAUAGAUCUAUUGCUGUUCUUUGUGUUUAUUUUAUGAAAAAGUAUAGAUGGACACUUUAUAAAACUUUACAAUUUAUGCAUAGCAGAAGACCAGAUUUAGAAAUCAGAGCUAAUUUUUUUAAUCAACUUUUGGCAAUAG